GAUAUGUCACCGCAAGUAAAUAAUGCCCGAAUUGUUUGUUAUUAUUUCGAUAUUAGAUUUUCAAAUUAAUGUUUAUGUUUAGAAUAGAAAAAGUCGACAUAAAAGAUUAUUUGCACUUAUAGUAGAAUUUGUUUUAAAAUGGGUAGGAGAUAUUAUUGUGAUUAUUGUGAUAAAACAUUUAUAGACGAUCUUGAUGCUAGAAAAAAGCAUUUGCAAAGUGCACAGCAUAUAAAAAUGAGAAAUAUUCACUAUGAAAACCAAAGAGAUCCAGAAACUAUUUUUCGUGAAGAAUCCUUAAAAACACCCUGUCGUAGAUAUUUCCAUGAAGGUUUUUGCCAAUUUGAGGGUGUCUGCAAAUUUUCUCAUUAUACACCUGAGGAUUUAUAUGAAGUUAGCCGACAAGUUGAAUUCAACAAAGAACUACAGAAAGCAAAAAAAAUUAAUAAUGCCAUAAAAAUACCACCAGUUGAAUCAUGGAUAGAAAAAUACAACAGAUCCUUAAAUGAAGCAAAUCCCACAUUAGUCAACAUAUUUUGGGACUAUCCCAGAAAUUUAGAAAAUCAUCCUAAUCUUCCACCUUCCUUGUUGCAAUUUAACCCUAAUAGUUUUAUAAAUGAUGAUUUUCCACAAUGGGGUAAUUAGAUUUUUCAUAUUUUAAUUUUAAUAAACAAUAAUAUUACA